AUGGUGUUCUCUAGUUCAGAUCUCCCUUCUCCUGCAUCAAUGUUCUCUACCUAUGCAUCAGUAGCGGGAACCGUAAUGAUGAUCAAACCAAUGAUUCAGACGAUAAUUCCAAAACCAGUGCAGAACUUGGUUGUCUCUUACAUCAAAUCUUUAGUCGGCUCUCGUUCAUCGACUCUCACGCUUGUCAUCAAUGAUAUGAACAAGACUGAGACAAACGGGAUGAGGAGGCAAAACGAGCUUUAUAUCGCGGCUCAAGAUUAUCUCUCAAGCAAGAUAAGCCCCGAUGCAUCAAAGCUAAGGAUGACUAGAGACCCUAACAACAAGAACGUCAACUUAUACCCAAGCGAAGGAGAGGUUGUCUCCGAUGUCUACAAAGGCAUUGAGCUCAAGUGGAGGUUUUUAGCUGGAAGCAACAAGGCAAGUAUGGUUAUAGAUGGAGGAGUAGCUGAGGAAACCGUCAAUUGGGAAUGCUUCGAGCUAAGCUUCGACAAGAAACACAAAGACUUGGUCGUGAAAUCAUAUGUACCUUACGUGGAGAGGAAAGCAACGGUGAUCAAGAACGAGAGAAGAAUCAUCAAGAUGCACUCCUACUCUAGCUAUACUCUUCGCUGGGAAUCUGUCAACUUCGAGCAUCCUUCCACAUUCGACACAAUGGCUAUGACGCGUAAGCUCAAGCGUUCUGUGAUGGAAGAUCUUGAUCGGUUCAUCAAAAGAAAAGAUUACUACAAGAGAGUUGGGAAAGCUUGGAAGAGGGGUUACUUGUUGUACGGGCCACCAGGGACCGGGAAGUCUAGUCUAGUGGCAGCAAUAGCUAACCACCUCAAGUUUGAUAUCUAUGAUCUCCAGCUCGCAAGCGUGCAAGGGGACGCCGAUCUGAGGAGGUUGCUUCUCGCCACUAAAAACAGCUCGAUUCUUCUUGUCGAAGAUAUAGAUUGUUCCGUGGAUUUGCCUACAAGGUCACAACCUGCAACCACGACCUAUGGGGCUCCCAAGGUAUCAACACCAUUGACACUAUCAGGACUUUUAAACUGCAUUGAUGGGUUAUGGUCUAGUUGCGGAGAUGAACGCAUAGUAAUAUUCACGACUAAUAACAAGGAGAAGCUCGAUCCCGCAUUGCUCAGACCAGGCCGUAUGGAUAUGCACAUUUACUUGGGACAUUGCAGUUUUGAGGGAUUUAAAACAUUGGCAUCUAACUACUUAGGCCUGUCUCAGGACAAUGAUGACACUCACCGUCUCUACCCGUGCAUCAAACGUUUGAUUGAUGGACAAGUGUUGACUCCAGCUCAAGUGGCCGAGGAACUAAUGAAAACUGAAGAUGCUGAUAUGGCGCUUGAGGGUUUGGUUAAUGUUCUCAAAAGGAAGAGGUCAGAGUCAGAGAAAUGUGAUGAUGAAUCUAAGAAGAUGAAGAUGCUCGAAGAUGAUAUCUAA